AUGACUCGUCUUUCAACAAUAUGCGUUUUUGCUUGCCUGGCAGUGAUAGAAGCUCGUCGCUCUUUCACAGACAUGCCUGUUAUCAAGCAAGCUCGUCAAUUGUUAAACUUGAACAGCAUUCUUGGAAAUCCAACUUCUGCCCAGCCGUACGACCGAAUUUUGGGCUCUCCGGUGUUUCAAGUAACUACAGCAUGGGGAUCUCCAUACAUGAAUAUGGAAAAGUUGACUGAGAUGGAUGGAUCCGGUGCAGACGGUAGUGGACUCUUUCAAAAGGAUGCUGGGAGUCUGAAAUCCAUUUCCGAAGAGCAAAACGAGUACCGAACAGUUACCCUUUUCUUCAUGGAUCCCGACGAUGCUUUGGGUGUACAUGCUGAGCUGAAGCAAAUGGAACAAAUGAAGAAAUCAGAUAUUCGUAUUACGUCAAAUUCACUAGGAAAGGCUUUGAGGGCAGCUGCGAACCUCGGCAACGGUCUUCCAACUGGAUACCCAAUCGAACCUUUGAACGGAAACCUAAAGCCGGUCGAAGAAGGUGGAUCUUUGAGGCACAAAAUCAUGCCAGACAAGCGCCAACUUUUCUAUGCUGCUCGUUGCAUAGGUAAGGAGCGAGUUGGUCUGUUUGGGGAUAAUCCAUCGGAGCUUGCUACUAUGGCACUUCUGGGAAAUUCUGCAAUUGAAGCGACAAACCUCAUGCGACGACGCGACAAAAGAGAGAGAAAGACCACGCCGCCACCUAAAUCUCUAUUAGAAGCUCAAAAUGCUCACAUGGAUGGAUACGUUGGAAUUCCAGUGUUUCAUGCCAGCGGAAUGGCCCGAAAGAUUCCAAAGCUUAAACAAAUCAGUAGUGGAAAUCGCCAGGAGACUCCCAUGUUCUUCAACUACGAAGAUCUCCAAGAUGCGUGGACCAAGAUGAAGAAGAAGAACCCAUCAAUGCCUGACAAACCAACAGUGGAAGUUUUCAAUCUCUUUGACGUCUUGACAUCAAUGGACAAAGAUCAAUGGAAAAAGCGUAAAGAAGCUGGAAAAUUUGACAUCAUGGCUCCGUUGCGCCAACGAUUCGGAAAGUUGGAAGGACCAGACCUGGAUUCAAUCACAUUUGUUCCGUCAAGCCGAGCCAUAGAUUACAAGGAAAAGUUAUCGGCGAGGGGCAACGGAAAAGCAAGGCUGCGUCCCAUGCGAUAA